AUGCCUAACUUAGAAAAUUUAGAAAGAAAGCCCACUCACCGUUCCCCCCUCUUAACUGCUCGGCGGGAAGAAAUUCUCUAUCGCGAAGACAUUAAAACCUCGUUUGGUUAUGCCCUCGCUGGAAUUACCAUCUCCCUCGCCAUUGCCGAGCGAGAGCAUGAAACUCCGGCUGAACUUUCCGCAAAAGAGACUUCAUCUACUCCUGACCCCGACCCCAUCACCAAAUUUCAGCAACGCCAAACUAAAACCGAAAGCCUAAAUCAUGCGAUUCUUAAACCCAACAACUCGGAAACUACUCAACUAAUUACUUACGCCUUAGUGGCCACGGUCAUUGCCGCCCUCACUGGUUUUUAUGAAGAAAGUUUAAAAAACACCGUGGAAACCAAAACCCACGAGUUUAAAAGCCUUUUAGAAAAAAAUAUCACCUAUGGUCAAAAAACUCAGCAAGCUUUAAUUGCGAUUGCCUUAGGGAUAUUCUUCUUACUGCUGAUUGCUUAUUUUUGA